GUCUUGCGGGGCUCCCUCCGGGCCGCCCCAUCCACCGUCCUCCGCAGCCUUGGGAGCUAGGAGGAGCCAGGGCAGCCCAGGGGCAGCCAUGGCGGAGCCCGAGGCUGGGACCGAGGACCUGGACACCCUCGUCGAGGAACUGGACUACCUGCCCGGCCACUUCCACCUGGAGAUGCAGCUCAAUUUCGAGCCGCGCUCACCGGCUGAGCUGCGCACUCGGGACCUGAAGCUCCAACGGGAGGGUCUGCGGCAGGAGCUGGAGCUGGUGGCCUCCCCGCAGCUGCUUGCCGUGCGUCACCUCCUGGGAACCUUUUCCUUCUACCUGGAGGAGCUGGACGAGGCCCGCGAGCGUUUCCUGGAGGUGGCCCGCGAAGACCCUGGCAACCUCAACGCCUGGGCCAAUCUGGCACACGUCUACGGGCAGCUGGGACAGGAGGAAGAGGAGGAGGCGUGCGCCGCGAGACUGGCUGCCCUCAUGGGCCUGGCAGGGGCCCCCGAGGAUUCAGGAGACCCACGGCUCCGCGCCGCCCGCUGCCUGGCAGAGCAAGGAUACGCACACGGCUUCGAUGUGGGCUGUGCCAGUCCAGAGGAGCGCGCACAAGUGCUGGAGGCAGGCAUCGCGCUCUACGACAGGGCACUGGGCUAUGGGCAGCAGAUCCCAGUAGAGGAGAAAAGGAGCUGGUACUUCACCAUGGCAACGCUGUUCAUCAGGCUGGACGGCAUCUUGCUGGAGAUGGGUAGUGAGGGGCAGAAAAGGCUACCAGCCUUCAACCGCACGCUGGCCUUGCUCCGGCAAGUCCUCAAGUCCUCAGACUCCCGACACCAAGCUUUGGCCUGGUGCUAUGUUGGCAUGCUGCUGGAGAGGAAGGAGACCUUCUUUACCACCCCCAUGGGCGUCCAUGAAUGCGGGUACUCCGGCAUGGAGCCCCUGGACUGCUUUGGCAAGGCCAUUGAGAUCGCCAAGGACCAACCUCCCAUCCUGAAUCGCCUGGCCAAAAUCUUCCACUUCCUAGGAAAGCAGGAUAUGGCUAUAGGAACCUGCAACAUGGCCCUGGAUGUGCUUAGAGACCCACAGCUCAAUUGGCAGGCAUACUGCACCAGGGCCAAGGUCCGAAUCAGAGCCUAUGUCCACGACCUGGAACGGGCCAAGGUGGGGCUCGGGGGUAUGCCUGACAGGAACCACCUGGCCUGUGCCAAAGCUGACCUUGAGGAAGUGGUCAAGGUGUACCCAGGCCUCAGGACCUACCUAGACAUCGGCCAGGUUUACUACUACAUGGGCGUGGACGCCAUGCGGGAGCUGCUGGCGGUGGAUGAGACUGCGCUCAACCAGGCGCUGGUCUUCCUGGCGAAGGCUGGCGAGUUGGAGCUGGGAGACACGUUGCCAGAGCUGCAGCUGCUGCGCGGCAAAUGCUUGCGAGUCCAGGGCGAGGAUGCGAACGCGGCAGCCUGCUUCAAGCGUGCAGUGGAGCUGGACGACACCGGCUCCAGCCACACCGAGGGCUUCGGCUUCCUGCUCGAGGCGCUGCUGGCCCAGUGGAGCCAGGCGCAGCUGAGCGAUGGCGAGGUGGGCUGCGAGGUGGACAUCUGGCUGUGCCACGCCCAGAGCAAGUACCCAGUGGCACGCCUACGCCAGGAGCUGCAGCGUGUGUGGCGCGGCCACACGGAGGAGGUCCUGGGCCUGGCCCGUGCGUUGGUAGCCCAGGGACGGCCGGCACUAGUGCGCCUGCUCUUUGAGACUAUGGAACACGAGGGCCAUGCAAAAGUCGAGCAUCUUCCUCCUGAGUCAGAUGCUGAUGCCCUGAUGAGGCCCGGUCCCGAAGAGGCCGCACCCAGAUGAUUGGAUCUAGUCACGGCAUUCAAGAGAGCCCACCUGUCAGGGCGAGCAGAGCCAGGAUGUUUUCUGCGCUGGGCUACAGUUCAGUAGAAGGCUUGCCCUGGGUUU